AUGGAAUUUGCCAGGACAAUUCAUACUGCCAGCCUACCAGCCUGCCAGCUCACCAGCCUGCCAGCCUGCCAGCCUGCCAGCCUGUCAGCCUGUCAGCCUGUCAGCCUGUCAGCCUGUCAGCCUGUCAGCCUGUCAGCCUGUCAGCCUGUCAGCCUGUCAGCCUGUCAGCCUGUCAGCCUUCCAGCCUGCCAGCCCACUAGCCUGUCAGCCUGUCAGCCUGCCAGCCUGUCAGCCUGCCUGCCUGCCAGCCUGCCAGCCUGCCAGCUCACCAGCCUGCCAGAAGCCUGCCAGCCCACUAGCCUGUCAGCCUGUCAGCCUGCCAGCCUGUCAGCCUGCCUGCCUGCCAGCCUGCCAGCCUGCCAGCCUGCCAGCCUGCCAGCCUGCCAGCCUGCCAGCCUGCCAGCCUAUCAGCCCAUCAGCCCAUCAGCCUGUCAGCCUGCCUGCCUGCCAGCCUGCCAGCCCACUAGCCUGUCAGUCUGUCAGCCUGCCUGCCUGCCAGCCUGCCAGCCCACUAGCCUGUCAGUCUGUCAGCCUGCCAGCCUGUCAGCCCACCAGCCCAUCAGCCCAUCAGCCCACCAGCCCUUCAGCCUGCCAGCCCACCAGCCUGCCAGCCCACCAGCCUGCCAUAAACCAGCCUGCCUCCUUUCACAGUCACGGCGCUCACAGCAGCGGUAA